AUGGGCAGGAACAGGCGCUCGAGGACUCACUCCAACCCCAAAAAGAACCAGGCGACCGACAUCAAGACGAGGCGAUACAAGCGCGACAUUGACCAGAUCCACGAGGACAUGAAGGAUGGCGGCAAGAAGAAGUUCCUCGAGGACUUGACGAAGAAGGAUAUUGAGGACUUGCCGGGUCUCGCACAACACGUCUGCGUCGCCUGCGCCCGCUACUUCGCCGACUCCGCCGCGCUCUCCACUCACAUCCGGGGCAAGCCUCACAAGCGCCAGCUGAAGAAGCUCGAGGAGGAGCCGUACACGAUUGAGGAGAGUCGGAGAGCGGUUGGAUUGGGCGUUGACAAGGGCGAGUAUGGGAAGAGGAAGGAGAGGGAGGCGAAGGAGGAGGAGGAGCGGAGGGCUAAGGGCGAGGAGGCGAUGGAGGCGUGA